AUGUAUUGUGAAUCCAAUCAAGCAAGCCUGUGUAGGGUUUGUGAUGCCAGGAUUCAUCCAGCAAAUUUUCUUGUAGCUAAGCACUCAAGAAAUCUUCUAUGCCAUACCAAUCAAUCUCCAACACCGUGGAACGGUUCAGGUACCCGACUUGGGCCUUCAGUUUCUCUCUGCGAGUCCUGUGACCUUGAAAAUGGGAGUAUAGAAGUAGACGAAGAGGAUCAGGAUGAGGAUGAGGACGAGGAUGAGGACGAGUACGAGGAAGAGGAAGAGGAAGAGGACGGGGAAGAACAUAAUGAAGAAGAUGAUGAUGAUGGUGAUGCUAAUAGUCAAGUUGUAUCUUUGUCUUCGACAUCUAUCCCUCAACCUUUGCCUUCAAGCCCCAAAAAUGAAGAAUCUUUUACUGAACUUUCUAGGGGAAGAAACGGUGUUUACAGUUCAAAUUUUGGGUUCCCGUCUGUAUCAACAGUUGAGGAUCAUAACGGAAUUGAAAGGCCGGAUGGGGAAAAAAUGGGUUCCUAA